AUGCGUAUUCGCCUACAGCCUCGCAGGAGACCACAAGGUAAGCGACCCCCAGGUAAGCUGAAUGUUGCUUUGUUGUCUUUGCCUGCUCACCGUCUCCAUUUCAGCAAUGAGCUAGCUCAACGGCUAGACAACCUUCCUAUCGCUGCCGCCGCUGCCGAGAACGCCUCCGUGGAUAACCGCUGGUGUCAACUGCGAGACACGGUCCAGUCGACGGCGCUCGCCGUCCUCGGUCGCGCUCUCCGCCAACACCAGGACUGGUUCGACGACAACGACGCCGCCAUCAGAAAUCUGCUUGCAGAGAAGAACCGCCUACACAAAGCCUACUUAGAUCACCCCACUGAGGACAACAAAGCUGCCUUCUACCGCAGUCGCCGACAGCUUCGGCAACGACUGCGCGAGAUGCAGGACGCCUGGACUGCUCGCAAACCUGAGGAGAUCCAAGGCUACGCGGACCGCAACGAAUGGAAGAACUUCUCCGCGAUCAAAGCUGUCUACGGUCCGCCGACGAAGGGCACUGCUCCUCUUCUCAGCGCCGACGGCAGCACUCUUUUGACUGAGAAGACGCAAAUCCUGCAGCGAUGGGUCGAGCAUUUUCGAGGCGUCCUCAACCGCCCCUCCGUCAUCUCCGACGCCGCCAUCGCCCGCUUGCCGCAAGUGGAGACCAAUGCGGACCUCGACCUCCCGCCAUCUCUCCAGGAAACCAUCAGGGCCGUGCAGCAGCUCUCUAACGGGAAAGCACCCGGAUCGGACGCAAUCCCUGCUGAGGUCUACAAGCACGGAGGUCCCCAACUGAUGGAUCACCUGACUGCGCUCUUCCAGGAGAUGUGGCGUCAAGGUGAAGUCCCGCAAGAUUUCAAGGACGCAACUAUCGUGCACCUUUACAAGCGAAAAGGGAAUCGCCAAGUCUGCGACAAUCACCACUGCAUCUCCCUACUGAACAUCGGCGGGAAGAUCUUCGCUCGCAUCCUUCUCAACCGCCUCAACAACCAUCUGGAACAGGGCCUUCUGCCGGAAAGCCAAUGCGGCUUCCGUCGUCAUCGUGGGACCACGGACAUGAUCUUUGCCGCCCGCCAACUUCAGGAGAAGUGCCAGGAGAUGCGGACCCCCCUGUACUCUACCUUCGUGGACCUUACGAAAGCCUUCGACACGGUGAAUCGUGAAGGACUGUGGAAGAUCAUGCAGAAAUUCGGCUGUCCGGAGCGAUUCACUCAGAUGGUGCGUCAGCUGCACGACGGUAUGAUGGCGCGAGUCACGGACAACGGAGCUGUCUCCGAGGCAUUCGCAGUGACUAACGGAGUGAAACAGGGAUGCGUGCUGGCACCAACCCUCUUCAGUCUUAUACUCUCUGCCAUGCUGAUGGACGCCCACCGCGACGAACGUCCCGGGAUCCGCAUCGCCUACAGAACGGACGGUCAUCUCCUGAAUCAACGGCGCAUGAACUUCCAAUCGCGUGUAUCCACAACCACCGUUCACGAACUCCUCUUCGCCGACGACUGCGCCCUGAACACCACCUCCGAAGCGGAGAUGCAACGGAGCAUGGACCUAUUCUCCGCCGCCUGCGAGAACUUUGGGCUGGUUAUCAACACGCAGAAGACGGUGGUGAUGCAUCAACCGCCACCCAACUCAGUCACAGCCCCCAAUGCGCCGCAAAUCAGCGUGAACGGAACCCAACUGCAAGUGGUGGAGAACUUCCCGUAUCUUGGCAGUACCCUCUCCCGCAACACCAAGAUCGAUGACGAAGUCGCCAACAGGAUCUCGAAAGCCAGUCAAGCCUUCGGUCGCCUCCGAAGCACAGUCUGGAAUCGCCACGGUCUCCAACUGAGCACAAAGCUGAAGAUGUACAAGGCCGUCAUCCUGCCGACGCUACUGUAUGGGGCGGAGACAUGGACGGUGUACACGAGACAGGCACGCCGACUGAACCACUUCCACCUCAGUUGUCACUUCCACCUCAGUUGUCUUCGUCGCAUCCUGAGGCUGAACUGGCAGGACCGCAUCCCCGACACCGAAGUGCUGGAACGGACGGGAAUUCUGAGCAUCUACGCCAUACUGAGACAAAUGCAGCUGCGCUGGAGCGGCCACCUGGUGCGCAUGGACGACGAGCAACUACCCAAACGACUCUUCUACGGAGACGUCGCGACGGGCUCGUCGUCAAGGGGGCCAAAUUCGCCGUUACAAAGAUAUUCUGAAGUCCUCCCUGAAGCGCCUGCAAAUCAACCCCACCAACUGGGAAGAGCUCGCCCGCGAUCGUCCAACAUGGAGGAGAACAGUGAAGACGGGCGCUGCUAUCUAUGAAGCCAACCGAAUCGCCGCCGCCAAAGCGAAACGCGAAGCCCGCAAAUCACAACUUCGCUCAAUACGCAACGCCGCCGCACAACCUCUCCCUACGUGUCCUCGAUGUCAACGGACAUUCCGGGCACGAAUCGGACUUGUUGGACAUCUUCGAACCAACUGCACCUCUCGAAUUGCUCCAGCCAUCGUCCCCCAACCCGCCUCCUCCUCGUCCUCUCUGCCGCCAACUAACUCUGACACUCCUCCUGCACCACCACUUCCAUCCUCCCCCUUCUCCUCCACUGUCCCAGCGGUGGCCGUUCAGGCUGCCGUCUCACACAUCGCCAACCACGACACAACAACCGCAACCACCCCCACCCCUCCCGAUUCCAGUGAUGAGGAUCAGGAUUACACCUGCCCUCACUGUGACCGCACCUUCACCUCACACAUCGGCCUGGUCGGUCACUUGCGAAUCCAUCGCACAGAGACUGGCGAACCAGUGCCUGGAGCACCAACCUACACCCACCGCACUCGUCUCCACUGCCCACAAUGCCCUCGCACCUUCCGGCAUCGCAUGGGCCUAUUCGGCCACAUGCGCAUCCACGAGAGCGGAACUGAUCGCAGCAUUGACACACCCACCCCGCCGAGCCCCACUCCCAAUCCAUCACCUUGUGCACCCACUAACCACUCCCCAGCCGACAUCGACGCCACUGACCUCACCACCCCUCACUCCCCCCCUUCCUACUCCUCUUCCUCCUUCACUGCCACAACGACGGCCGCUUCGGCGUCUGUCGACCACGACCUCACCACAGCCUCACCUGACUCAACAACAGGCACAAGCCCUGCAACCUCCAUCAUCAGACGUGAGGGCCAGGGCUACAUCUGCCCUCACUGCGAUCGCACCUUCACCUCACGCAUCGGCCUGGUCGGUCACUUGCGAAUCCAUCGCACAGAGACUGGCGAACCAGUGCCUGGAGCACCAACCUACACCCACCGCAUUCGUCUCCACUGCCCACACUGCCCUCGCACCUUCACGCAUCGCAUGGGUCUAUACGGCCACAUGCUCAUCCACGACGACCUGCGGUAGACAACCGCCGGUCACACCACACAUUCCCUCACUCCCUACCUCCUAACAUCAUCACCCCACCUGACAUCAACCCCCACACACCUCAUGCACUCAACUGCCGCUUCCCACGCAAGUGGGAAGUGUGCAUCUCGACUCGGUCCCCAUGCGGCCUCGGCUGCACGAGUGACUUGAGUCCGAGACUAUCCCGACACGUCAAGUGUCGUGGAUAGGAAGGUUGCUGAUUGACGCCCGCUCUCGGUUCACGCAGUUCGUCGCGUUGUGUGUGUGUGUGUAGUGGCGGACUGGUGGGCUGGGGACGGGCUGAAGCAGCACCUUCCACGGCCCUCUCGCGCAUGUGAGAGACACGCCGUUCAACCCCCGUUGUGUGAAAUCCUUAUAUUUGUGUGUGUAUGGGGGGCCAGGUCGUGCUGUGGCGCGCGCAGGCAUGGUCAGUCGACCAUGUCAGCCACCGCGCCCAUUCCCCACUCCAGUCUUCUGACCGGCUCGGACAGCGGCUGGGGUGUGGGGAUGGGGAGAGUGAGGUCGACGACUCAGCGCACUUUCUCCUCACCAUAAACAAUCUGACGCGCUUGAAGCUAUCACGGUGCGCUAAAAGCCGUGGCUUGGAAGGUUGCCAACUGACGGGGUACCUUGGACCUCCUCCUUCACUGGAGGCGGUCUGAGAGUCAGGCUGCAAUGGCUCCUUUUUAAUGUGGCCUUUAUGGCAUUCCCACCACAGUGUGGGAUCCGAGCCAGGCGUUGGCGGCACGCCCAGGUGCGGCUUCGGCCGUGCCAGCCUCCAAAUCUCUGUUGUGUUGGUUGAAAUCCUGGUUAUUGUUGUGUGGACCAGGGGGUGUGGUGGAACGCCAAGGUGAGGAUCCGUCCGAGCCAUCCACCUGCGGCCUCCCUCGUCUCCGGUCUUCUUGACUCUGUCUUGACACCGGGCCCAGGCGGGGGAGGAGGAGAGAGUGUAGGUAGAUGCUACGCAAGUCUACUGGCACUAUAAACCCCUGCGUAAGUCACCGUCCCUGCUCCCACAAUGCAGUCUGUGGGGCACACGGUGGUCAUCGUCGAAAUCGACGGACGAACUGUCGUGUGUGUGUGUGUGUGUACAAGCUCCGACGUGUGGUCCUUCGGCGUGAUGAUGUGAGAAAUCUUCACGAUUGGCCAGACGCCCUUUGGACACCUAUUUCCUCUGGAGUUCUUUGAUCUGCUCAGGCGGGGGCUCAUUCAUCCGAAGCCGGUGUUCGCCAGCGACCACAUCUACGCCACCGUUAUGGUGCCCUGCUGGAAGUACAGGCCCGAGGAGCGACCCCGCUUCGCUGAAUUGCGAGAAUCCCUUGAGAGCCUUCUCUCCGCGACAGUUAAUGUUGAAGGAGGCUCUGAUGCGGCCUCGGGCACGUUACCAUUCGGCCUGACGUCCUUUCUCCUGGAUUAA